AUGCAUGAUUUUAUGGAAUAUUGUCUUCGUCAAUAUUUUAAAGCUACCGAUUGGAAUGAUGACAACCAGUAUUCAAAUUUAUGUGCUGCUUCUCGAGCUAUUUUGGAUUUUCAAAUACCCCGAGGUUUUACUUUUGCAAUAUCAAAAAUCCAAACAUCACUUUUUAAAUCUUCAUAUUCAUUAAAUGCAUCACCAAUACUAAAUGGAUCUUUGGGAUUUUUAUUUACUUCGCGUCCUUUAAUUAUUGAUUUAAGCAGUCAUUUAAAAUUUACAGAAAUAAUUGAUCGAUUUAAUGUUAAUUAUAUUCCAAAUAUAAAUACAAAUAAUGAAAAAGAAAUUCAACCAAUUAAGGAUUAUUUGCUAUAUGGAAGAUUACAUAUUCCCACAACACGACUUGAAACCAUUUAUUCCAAAAGAUUUUCAUCAAGAAUACAGUGUGUAAUCACAAGUGUUAAUGAUCUUAGGAUAAGAUCUGACUCACAUCUUACUGCAGAACUUCAAUAUGAUACUGGAAAAUGGUGUAAUGAAUUCUCUUAUACAACUGAUGGAGAAUUAUUUGGUAUUAGAGGUUUAUACAAUUUUUCAGGUCAUAAUUUAGAAGAAAAAGAAGUUAUUGAAGAAGUUCAAGAAGCUCUAUCAAAAAAAGAAAAGGACACUAAAAAAUAUUAUGUUGAAAAAAAAACUAUUGACAAAUCACCUGAUCUUGAUGAGGUUGAUGAAGUUGAAGUAUUAAAGGGGGUAUGGUCAAUUGGUGGUGAAAUAUAUUAUGGGGUAAGAGAAAAAAGUGGUGGAGUUUCGGUUGGGAUUCGUUAUCGAACUCUUCCUCAAUAUUCUAACCAAGCACCUGUUACUGUUACUUACAUAAUUAAUCCAAUAAUGGGACAUAUGUCAGCUGCUUAUGUUGCACAAGUUUCUGAUGUUUUGACACUUUGUCCUAGGUUUGAUUUCAAUAUGUAUAGUUAUGAAAGUGAUCUGAUGAUUGGAGGUGAAUGGUGGCAAAGAAAAAAACCAGAUGAAAGAAAUGAUGAAACUAGUAAGCAACUAGGUGAUAUUAAUGGUGUAGUUAAAGCUACAAUUGGAACAUCAAAGGGUAAAUAUGGAAAUAUUUUGUUUAGUUUAGGUUUAAUUGCAGAUCUCAGUUCAAGAUUAUCCCCAAUAAAAUCAGUUGGAUUACAAUUUCAAUAUUUUUCAUAG